UUCUAUCGAUAGUGCCCUCGAUGGUUUGCCAAAAAAACGAAAAUAUUUUUUAAAGCGAAAAGAAAAGGACUUUAAAAUGUCUGUGCUGCGUUUUCUGGUGACGCGCCAGGCCCUGGCAGCACUGUGCAGGCCAGCGUCCAUCAAUCUGCUGCAGAAUCGGGCACAAAUCGCACUCGCCUCCACUCUGACGAGCAGCAACAACAGCUGUCUGAAGACAACCCCAACAAUUUCCGAUGGAAGUCCGUGCCAAAUGCAGAUUAGAGGACACAAACGCUUUGGCCACGAGCAGGAGAAGACCCCACAAGUGACCAAAUACUUUCAUGGACUCAUCCUGGGCCUGUUCCUCAUAUCCGUGCUGGACUGGGGCAAAGUGAAACGUUUGCUGAUGCCCAAAGUUGAUGCAGAUUCCGGCCAGCGCCCGUCUUCGGCAGCUGGCGUGAAUGGAGAGGACAACUCGGACUCCGAGAGCGACGACAGCGAUGAGGAUGAAUCCAACGGCGGCCUGCAUCUCCAUGAGGGCAAGAAAAUCCGAGAAAAAGUUGGUUUCCGCGAGCGCAAGAUCAUUGAGUAUGAGAAUCGCAUACGUCAGUUUUCCACGCCGGACAAAGUAUUUCGCUACUUUGCCACCAUCCAAGUGCCAGUGGCCGAUGAUCGUCAUGAGGUGUAUAUGACACCGACCGAUUUCUUGACCAGCAUGACGCCAGGCAUGAAGCAACCCGAUGGUCUGGGUCUGGAUCAAUAUCGUCGCUAUGAUCCCAAGUCUGUUGGCGAACAACUGAAUCUUCACUUGGAGAAGAACAGCAUCUUCUAUAAGCUGGGCUCCUACGGUCUCAUCACCUUCUCCGACUACAUUUUUCUGCUGACAGUGCUCUCAAUAUCCCGACGUCACUUUGAGAUUGCCUUCCGCAUGUUCGAUCUGAAUGGCGAUGGUGAUGUUGACUGUGAGGAAUUCGAGAUGGUGGCCACUUUGGUGAGGUCACAGACGAGCAUGGGUACCCGACAUCGUGAUCAUGCCAAUACGGGCAAUACCUUUAAGUCCUUGAAGGGCGUAAAUUCCGCUUUGAUCACGUACUUCUUUGGCCCCAAUAUGGAUGAGAAGUUGACGAUUGAAAAGUUCUUGGAUUUCCAGGAGCAGCUGCAGCGUGAGAUCCUCUCCUUGGAGUUCGAGAGAAAAGAACCCAAUGACGAUGGCAACAUCACGGAAGCUGAUUUCGCUGAACUCCUUUUGGCCUAUGCGGGCUAUCCUUUAAAGAAGAAGCAAAAGAAGUUGAAGCGUGUGAAGCGUCGCUUCCGGGAUCAUGGCACGGGCAUAUCCAAGCAGGAUUAUCUGGAUUUCUUUCAUUUCCUGAAUAACAUCAACGAUGUGGACACAGCACUAACCUUCUAUCACAUUGCGGGCGCAUCAAUUGAUCAGCAAACGCUGCAGCAUGUGGCCAAGACAGUGGCUAUGGUCAAUCUAUCCGACCAUGUGGUGGAUGUGGUCUUUACCAUCUUCGAUGAAAACAAUGACAACCAGCUGAGCAACAAGGAAUUCAUAUCGGUGAUGAAGAAUCGCGUCCAACGCGGCCUGGAGAAGCCCAAGGAUACGGGCUUCCUCAAAAUGAUGCGUUCGGUGUUCAAGUGUGCCAAGGAGACCAAACCUGUGCUCCUGGACAUAUAGUAAAGGGUUCGAGAGAGUCCUUUGUGGAUUCUUUUACUACUUGUGCCCCAAUCUUAGUCAUUUUUCCUACGCUUAUACAUAGUUCUCUGCCUUAUUUAUUAUUUUUAUUUUUUAGUUAAUGUUUACUUAAAUCGAUUUUAUCCUUGGGGGUUCUUUGAUGAUGAUUAUCUCUUGUAAAUUUCACCAACUCUUGUGCGCUUAAUACGUUUAUUUUUUAAUAAAAAAUACAUACAUAUAUCAUAAUAA